AUGACUGCAGCUUCUCCGGUAAAAAUAGUUGCAGAUAAACAAACAGUGCCAAGUCUUGACGACCGGGAGUAUCGACUCAUACAAUUAGAAAAUGAAUUAGAGGUUUUACUAAUAAGGGAUCCUGAAACAGAUAAUGCAAGCGCAGCACUUGAUGUUCACAUAGGAAGCCAAAGUAAUCCUAAGGAACUAUUGGGACUAGCUCAUUUUUGCGAACAUCUACUAUUUAUGGGAACAAAGAAGUAUCCAGACGAGAAUGAGUAUAGGAAGUACUUAGAAACGAAUAAUGGAAUGUCAAACGCCUACACUGCGUCAAACGACACCAACUAUUAUUUUGAAGUAUCACAUGACGCUUUAUAUGGAGCGUUAGACCGCUUUUCUCAGUUUUUUAUUGAUCCUUUGUUUUUGGAAGAAUGCAAAGAUCGUGAAAUUCUUGCGGUGGACUCUGAACACUCCAAAAACCUUCAAUCGGAUGAUUGGCGCUUUUGGCGUUUAUACGGUGUUCUAAGUCACCAAGACCAUGUUUUUAAUAAAUUCAACACGGGAAAUGUGAAAACACUUGGCGAUGUUCCCAAAGACAUGGGUCUCGAUGUUCGUGAGGAGCUAUUGAAGUUUUAUGACAAAUAUUAUUCAGCAAAUUUGAUGAAACUAGUAAUCAUUGGUCGUGAACCAUUAGACACUCUUCAAGGAUGGGCUACUGAAUUCUUUUCACCUAUAAAAAAUAAGUCUGUUCCAAGACCAAGACAUCCUGGAAGCCCCUACCAAGAGGAGCAACUUCGUAAAAUUUGCUAUAUCAAGCCUGUAAAAAACCUUCGCCGAAUCGAUCUGCUUUUCCCUAUUCCUGGACAAUAUUCUCAAUAUGAAUGCCGUCCGGCAGACUAUGUUUGCCACCUAUUAGGACACGAAGGUGAAGGCUCAUAUUUGGCAUACCUAAAACAAUUGGGUUUAGGAACUUCCUUGGUUGCUGGAUCUAUAACCGUUACAGAGGAUGCGGAUAUCAUUGUUGUUUCCGUUUCCCUUACGGAAGAGGGUCUUGCCAACUACGAGCGAGUCAUUCGUAUUCUUUUUGAAUACGUUCAACUACUUCAACACACGACAGCGCAUAAAUUUCUCUUUGAGGAAACUCGAAUUAUGUCAGAAGCUCAAUUCAAAACUCGUCAAAAAACGUACGCUUCACAAUAUGCUCAUUCGGUAGCUAGCAAAAUGCAGCAAAGCUAUCCUCGGGAUAAAAUCAUAUACUCUGCUUCGGUCCUUACCAAUUUUGACAUGGAUGCUAUCCAAGAUGUGAUUGAUUGCUUCCGCCCUGACAAUUUCAUAGUUAUUUUGUCCUCUCACUCUCUUGAAAAAGACUUUAACCAGAAAGAAGAAUUUUAUGGUUUGGAGUACCUAGUGGAACCCUUAGAAUCAUCUUUCUUAGAAUCGCUUCGUACUUGCAAGCCGCCUAAAGAGCUUCAUCUUCCCGCUCCAAAUGAGUUUAUUCCUUGGUCACUAGAAGUGGAGAGAGAACCUAUAAAAGAAAAGGCGAAAUCUCCUAGCUUGAUUCGAAAUGACGAAUUCGCUCGUUUAUGGCAUAAGAAAGAUGACACGUUUUGGGUUCCAAAGGCAAAUGUCUUUAUUCAAUUUAUUUCUCCUGCUGCUAGGAAGUCGCCAAAGAUUAGCAUUAUAACUAGUCUUUACGUCCGACUUGUUGAAGAUGCCCUGAACGAAUAUUCUUAUCCUGCUGCACUAGCUGGACUUUCUUUCGUCUUAUUACCGUCUAGUCGUGGUAUUUCGCUAUACCUUAGCGGUUUUACUGACAAACUACACGUUUUAUUGGAAAAAGUCGUUACUGUCAUGCGCGAUUUGAGAAUACAUUUCCAAAGAUUUGAUAUUAUAAAGAACCGACUAGAACAAGAACUGAAGGAUUACGAUGCUUUGGAGGCUUAUCCUAGAUCUAGCAGCGUUUUAACAUGGCUGACAGAGCACCCUGUAUGGAUGAACUCUGAACUUCGGGAAGCCAUUAAGGAUGUCAGUAUUGAGGACACUUACCAAUUUAUUAGCGAAUUCACUGAACAAAUUUUUAUAGAAUCUCUGAUUCACGGUAAUUAUGUCAAGGAUGAUGCCAAAGCACUUAUAGAAACUGCUCAAAACCUUCUGAAUCCCAAACCUGUAUUCGCGUCGCAGCUUACUCGUAAAAGAGAAGUUGUCCUUCCUGAAGGAAGCAACUAUAUUUACAAGACAGUUGUACCUAACGAGCAAGACAAAAAUUCAGCUAUUAUGUACGCUUUGCAAAUCGCUCCUAUGGAUGAUCAGAAAUCUGGAGCAUUGACUCGCCUGGCUCGUCAACUUAUGAAAGAACCUUCUUUCUCAAUUCUGAGAACUAAAGAACAGCUUGGUUAUAUUGUAUUUACGCUUCUUCGUCAAUCUACUCCUUAUAUUUAUCUGACUGUAUUCGUGCAAAGUGAACGAAGCAGUUCUUAUUUGGAAACACGAAUCCGCGCUUUAUUGGAUCAUUUGAAAGAAUCAUUUGCACAAAUAUCUGAAAAAGAAUUUAAUGAUCACAAGACAAGUUUGAUUAACUUUAUGCUAGAAAAGUAUACAAACUUAAGGGAGGAAAGUUCUAUGUACUGGCUUCGUACUGCUGAUGGUUUCUACGACUAUACUCGAUUGGAAAAACAAGCUGAACUUGUGUCAUCAAUUACCAAGGAAGAACUAUACGAGUUUUUCGUCAAUCGUAUUCAUUACGAUGGUAAAUUAACGAAUAAGCUCUCCGUGCAUGUUAUAUCCCAACGGUGUGAAGAUCAAGAGUACGAAAUUCCUGGAGCUGAAACUAUUAAAAAUGGAAAUAUCUUUAAGGAAAGUCUACCUUUCAGCAAAGCUGCUGCACCUAUUGAACCUUUUAGUGAUAUAGAUGAAGCCCUCUUUAUGAACUAA